GCCAGGCUGCCAGCACGAUGAGCUUUACAGUCGUUACUGAGCCCGUGCGCUUGCGUUACGGCGAGGUGCACAACAAGAUGCACGUUGGUUCUGGCAAAGGUCUCCCACUCCCACCAGACGUCGUCGCACGUUACGCGAAAGGUGAUACAUCGAUGGGGAUCACUGGCUUCGAUCCAGAGAUGGUGCGAAAACACCCAAAUGGCAGCGAGACGCUUGUCAAGCUGAGCGACCACUACCUCCACCAUUACAUACUGUACUUCGGGGAGGCGGACUCGAUGCGAGAGCUGAUCAACCUUGCCGCCGGCAAGGAGCACUCCGCGCACAAGAUCACGGGAUGCCACGGGAUGACCGGUGCUGGUGCGCAUGCCUUCCACAAGCACGCUGCGGCGGCAGGGGCGAAGCCGGACCACAACCUGGUCUCUUUUGGCAGCGCUGCUGGGGCCGAGUACCGGCACAACCCGCAGCGCUUCGAGGCUCCGUACCGCCUCGUGGUGCGCAGGCCCGAAACGUGGGCGCCUACGCUGCAUAUCAUCAAUACGAACCUCGCUGACAACUCGACCAUGGAUGGUGCUCCAGCAGUUUCACAGUUGCUCGAGUGCCCGUGCACUCCGCAGCGCAAGAUCGAUCCAGUCGCAGGCACGAUCGACGGGAAAGUUGCAGAUCCGCCCAUCCAUUGCAGCAAAGAGUUCAAUGCAACUGGCAACCCUUCGUGCCACCUCUCCACUUACAAGGGUGGCUGGCGUUGUUGUGAACACGGCAUGUUCGUCGUUGACACGGACAAGGAGUGCGCGUCACCGAAUUGCGCAGAGAAAUUUGUUGACGAGGUCUACAUGAAGUUCACCUUCUACUAUGAAGAUACCAACGCUUCUACCAAGAAGAUGGCCAGGCCCUGGGGUUCUGACCUCGUGGAUUUGGUCUUUGCGGCGCCACACCUUCACUGGGCUGGCAAUUCCAUCGAGCUCGUUGACCACGAGACCAACGAGACGCUCUGUGAGGUCCACCGCAUGCCGGACAACAGUGGCGGGGUCAUGUAUGGCACUGGCGACGAGCCGGGCAACGAGAAGGGCUACAUGACAGGCCUGACGCCGUGUUCUUGGGGUGGCGGCAGGGUGCGGCGCUUCAGGCGUGAUCAUAAGAUGCGCACCCGUGCAGUGUAUAACGCGACGGCCUACCACACAGGGGUGAUGAGCUUGUGGUUGAUCAAUGUGGCGGCCGUGGACGCCUCCGCUGACAUGUUUGUCUAG